UGCUCGGCCGGCUUCACUAGAGAGGAUGAUCCGGAAGUGAUUCCAGGAGCGCGGGCCGCGUGGAUCGUCUGCUGUGAGUCGGUACCGCGGUCGCUGAGAUGACCAAAAUAAAGGGAGAUCCCGAUGUGCAGGAGCCUCAGGCGGAGGCAUGCUCCGGGGAGCGCACUUACCAGGAGCUGCUGGUGAACCUGAACCCCAUCGCACAGCCUCUGGCUUCUCGCCGCCUCACUCGGAAGCUCUACAAAUGCAUCAAGAAAGCCGUGAAACAGAAGCAGAUUUGGCGCGGGGUGAAGGAGGUUCAGAAGUUUGUCAACAAAGGCGAGAAAGGGAUCAUGGUUCUGGCAGGAGACACAUUGCCCAUUGAGGUAUACUGCCACCUCCCAAUUAUGUGUGAGGACCGGAAUCUGCCCUAUGUCUAUAUCCCCUCUAAGACGGAUCUGGGUGCAGCCGCAGGCUCCAAGCGCCCCACCUGCGUGAUAAUGGUCAAACCCCACGAGGAGUACCAGGAGGCAUAUAACGAGUGCCUGGAGGAGGUGCAAGCCCUGCCCCCACCCAUCUGAAAGCCUUGGGCAGCAGCCUGGGCACCUGCUCCAGAAGCUGUUGGACUGGCAGGGGGCCACCUGGGCUGCCCUCCUGCUGUGCACACCCAGCAUCUCCCAGUCUCCUGAAGCAUGUAUUUUCCUAGGCAGCUCUGACAGCUUCUCCCCCAGUGCUGUUUCCUGUUGAGUUUCCUGGCACUCAGUUCCAAGAAUGAGGUGUGAAGGGAAGUAAAUGCUAAGACUAAAAUGUGAUGAGCCUGUGGGUGUUUCUUAAAGCAGAAGCUGCUGGUGGGGCCAAGGAGUUGGUGAGCAGGAAAGACUAGAGCAGCCUUUCUCACCAGAGGACCUGAAGGACUUGACAGGUGUUUGGCACUGAUGCCUGGCUGCCAGGGUUGGUGCUAGACUCAUGCUGAGAACAGACUUGGCUGCCACCCCUGAAACUUCACCUCCCACUACAAGAGCAGGGGGGAGCUGCAGGAUAAGGCAGCCGAGCCCAGACCCCACUGUGGAAGCCUGCAGCCUCUGUGGUGGGGACAUACCAGCCCUUGAGCCUUGAGUGUCACUGGAAACUUACGGAAGCAACUGGCCUACCCACACAGGGCAUUUUAAAAAUGAAUAUGAAGCUAAAUCCAAAACCCUAGGCCUUCUCUCUGGCUUGGCAAAGUGGCCCUGGUAAUCCAGUCCCUUCCAAUGUUUUAUGCUUCAGGUACCUACCUUCCUGCUCUCAAGGCCGGCACAGGGUUCAGUGUACGCAGUGUACAGAGCAACCAGGCUUCAGGUACCCUGGAGUAAACUGGAAAGAGCUUGGGUUUAUCCUGAUCUAAACCCCAAGCUCUCCCUGACAGGCCGUGAGUCCUGUGGUACAAGUCAUGUCAUCUUGCAAAUACCCCUGUGCUGACUUGUAGCAUGGAGAUGAUGUGAUUUUAUGGAUGGGCAUGUAAAGGCACCUUCGCCAGGGCCUGACGGCUCCCAGCCUCUGCACCCCAGAAGAGAUGGCAGGUCGGGUUCUUGCAACUGGGCACUGGCCGCC